UCAGGCCUCAUAUCCUCAGACGAGCGAGUGCAAAGACUGGAGAGAAGAAACAGGACGAAAAAUGCCGAUGAUGCAAUGGUGCGGCGCCGUAGCGCGACGGGUGAUGAUGACGGAGCGAACGGCUUUGACGUCGUAUUCAUCAUCAUCAGGAACCACGGGAGGGGCGGUUCCGAUACUUUGUGGUCGUGGAGACAAGAGAACGAAGAAAGGGAAGAGAUUUAAGGGAUCGUACGGUAACUCGAGGCCUAAGAAGGAGAAGAUGAUCGAGCGCAUCAAGGACAAGGUCGAGGUCCCCAGGCUAAAUUCAAGGCUAACAGACAAUGUUGGUACUUACAUAUGAUCAAGGAAGGAAUGGGGGGUUGGCUUAGGCAUACUAGGGAAUUAUAGGAUGCUUUAUUGUACUAAAAAAAGAUUAAUUUUCUGUUCUGUUUCUCCUGUAUGACCUAAAUACCUAAUGCCUUGUUUGAGAGCAAGCCUUAGUUUAGGAAAACUGUAAGAUAUUGGAACCUUCUCUUUGAACAGAGCGUUUGUUUUUCUUUUAACAUGCGGAUGUAGAUGUAUGGCCCCUUUGGGGACAACCAAUAAACUUGGAACAGUACAAAGGAAUGAGAAUAAUGUAUGAUGUGGAUGACUGCCA